AUGACAGCAUUCACUGGUCAUGGUAUCUACACAGCCACAGCCCCUGAAGUCUACGAGUUCAUUCCAACGAACUACAAGGAAAUUAAAAAGUUCAAAGCGAAAAUGUACGAAUCUGGACUGACACUUGUAGUGAGAACAAACGACACCAUGGAGGACAUCCUCAAAUGGCACGUGCUGUGUGCUUUGGAAAAGGGCUGCAUGGCAGGCAGUGGUAACGAGAACCUCGCUUGUGCCUUCGAAGACGAUCGUUAUGCCAAGCCACCGCAAUGUCACAGGUAUGAGAAACCGAAUAAGCAACGUUUUGCGACUUGUUUCUGGCACUUU